AUGGCCUUCCCUCCAGGGGUGGCCUUCCCCACUCAGCACUUGCUUAUCGGGCACGCACCUGGGCCAGGCACGAGCUGGGUUCCGGGGAGACGGCGGGAACAAGGCCUCUGUCUGGGGAGUGGGGUCGAAGGAGACUUUCGUGGGGAUACAGCAGCUGUAGAGAAAACCGGGAAGAUCCUGACGGAGUUCCUCCGUUUUUAUGAGGACCAGUAUGGCGUGGCCCUCUUCAACAGCAUGCGCCACGAGAUCGAGGGCACGGGGGCGCCGCAGGCCCAGCUGCUCUGGCGCAAGGUGCCAUUGGAUGAGCGCAUCAUCUUCUCUGGGAACCUGUUCCAGUACCAGGAGGACAACAAGAAGUGGAGGAACCGCUUCAGUCUCGUGCCUCACAACUAUGGGCUGGUGCUCUACGAGAACAAAGUGGCCUACGAGCGACAGGUCCCACCACGGGCUGUCAUCAACAGUGCAGGCUACAAAAUCCUCACCUCUGUGGAUCAGUACCUGGAGCUCGUCGGCAACUCCUUACCAGGGACCACAUCAAAAUCGGGCAGUGCCCCCAUCCUCAAGUGCCCCACGCAGUUCCCGCUCAUCCUCUGGCACCCUUCUGCACGGCACUACUACUUCUGCAUGAUGACGGAAGCGGAGCAGGACAAGUGGCAUGCGGUCCUGCAGGACUGUAUCCGGCACUGCAACAAUGGCAUCCCUGAGAACUCCAAGGUAGAGGGCCCUGCGUUCACGGACGCCAUCCGCAUGUACCGCCAGUCCAAGGAGCUGUACGGGACCUGGGAGAUGCUGUGUGGGAACGAGGUGCAGAUCCUGAGCAACCUGGUGAUGGAGGAGCUGGGCCCUGAGCUGAAGGCGGAGCUCGCCCCACGGCUGAAGGGAAAACCGCAGGAGCGACAGCGGCAGUGGAUCCAGAUCUCAGACGCUGUGUACCGCAUGGUGUACGAGCAGGCCAAGGCGCGCUUUGAGGCGGUGCUGUCCAAGCUGCAGCUGGCCCGGCCAGCCAUGGAGGCGGCCAUCCGCACGGACAUGGACCAGAUCAUCACCUCCAAGGAGCACCUGGCCAGCAAGAUCCGAGCCUUCAUCCUCCCCAAGGCCGAGGUGUGCGUCCGGAACCACGUCCAGCCCUACAUCCCGUCCAUCCUGGAGGCCCUGAUGGUGCCCACCAGCCAGGGCUUCACCGAGGUGCGGGAUGUCUUCUUCAAAGAGGUGACGGACAUGAACCUGAACGUCAUCAACGAGGGCGGUGCUGACAAGCUGGGCGAGUACAUGGAGAAGCUGUCCCAGCUGGCGUCCCACCCCCUCAAGAUGCAGAGCUGCUACGAGAAGAUGGAGCCACUGCGGCUUGAUGGGCUGCAGCAGCGUUUCGAUGUGUCCAGCACGGCCGUGUUCAAGCAGCGAGCCCAGAUCCACAUGCGAGAGCAAAUGGACAAUGCCGUGUACACCUUCGAGACCCUCCUGCACCAGGAGCUGGGGAAGGGGCCCACCAAGGAGGAGCUGUGCAAGUCCAUCCAGCGGAUCCUGGAGCGCGUGCUCAAGAAAUACGACUACGAUAGUAGCUCGGUGCGGAAGCGAUUCUUCCGGGAGGCGCUGUUGCAGAUCACCAUCCCCUUCCUGCUCAAGAAGCUGGCGCCCACGUGCAAGUCGGAGCUGCCCCGGUUCCAGGAGCUGAUCUUCGAGGACUUUGCCAGGUUCAUCCUAGUGGAGAACACGUACGAGGAGGUGGUGUUGCAGACGGUGAUGAAGGACAUCCUGCAGGCUGUGAAGGAGGCCGCUGUGCAGAGGAAACACAACCUGUACCGGGACAGCAUGGUCAUGCACAAUAGUGACCCCAACUUGCACCUGCUGGCGGAGGGUGCACCCAUCGACUGGGGUGAGGAGUAUGGUGGCAGUGGUGGGGACAGUGGCAGCCCCAGCAUCCCGGAAGCAGCCCCGCUUUCGGAAAAGCGACGGCGUGCCAAGCAGGUGGUGUCCGUGGUCCAGGACGAGGAGGCAGGGCUGCCUUUUGAGGCUGGCUCGGAGCCACUAUCACCUGCGUCCCCGGACAGUGUCACCGAGCUGCGCGGUCUGCUGGCCCGGGAUCUGCGGGCUGAGAGCCCCCCACCGGCUGGCCCUCUGCUCAACGGGGCCCCCUCCCAAGAGAGCCCCCAGCCCGUGGCAGCCCCUGAGGCCUCCUCGCCGCCAGCCUCGCCCCUUCGGCAACCCCCUCCUGGAAAAGCUGCGGACCUUGAGCCCCCCAAACCUAGUGACCAGGAGACUGGGGAGCAGGUAUCCAGCCCUGGUGGCCGCCCCCCCAUCCACACCACCACCGAGGACAGCGCAGGGGUACAGACUGAGUUCUAGGCCGGUCACCCCUGAGCUUCUGCUGGACAUGGGUCACCCCCUCCAAGGCACAGGCAGGCUUGGCUCUAGGCGGGGAGCCCCGGGUCUGUGCCUUGGGGUGGAGGUCGGUGGGGCCACCUGAGUCACUUUAUUGGGUUUGGUCACACUUUGCUCCUGUUUUCUCUUCUGUGGCAUGAUCUUGGGCUUCCUGCUUGUGCUGGAAGCUGGGCACAGCCGAGGGGCUGAGGUGUACCCAGUGAUCACCGAUUCCCUGGGUCCUCCUCUCCUGCCUUUUAUGGCCUCGGUUUCCCUCCCGGGUCUCGCCAGCCUUCUCAGAAAGAUGGAGGUAGAGUGGUUGCUUGUUGUGUUACUUGGCCACUGGCUUCUCUCCCUUCUCACCAAGGGCUUUAUCAGAACCAGGACCAGGGAGCACUGGGGGCCCCAGUGUCCUCCUCAAUCCAGGCUGGGCCCUGAGAGGCCAGUUUGGGAGGGGACACGGGCCUUGUUUUCCCUGCUCUGGGUGAGGGGAGGUGCAAGGAGGGGUCUUCCGACUGUAGCCAGGCUGGGGCUGCUGGGUUGAGGGGGAUGCCUCAUGGAGGAGGAGGGGUGAGGUGGCUUGGAUUGGAAUGAGAAAGGCCCAGAAUGUGCUGGUCUGUGGAGAGGAAGUGUCUCAAGGGAGGGAAGAGGGGGUCUGUGGGGAAGUAUUGCUGGGAGUGUCUUCAAGGCAGGCUGAGGUGGCAGAUGGAAGGCUGCUGGAAGUGGAGCAGGCUUCUGCACCCCCCCACCCCCACCACUUAGCCUAUCUCCUGCCUAUUGGCAGCCAGCCUCCCGGAGUCCCUCUGUCCCCCUUGCCUGUCUCGGCCACAUGCUGCGGGGUAGGAUGGAGGGGAGUGUGGCCGUGUGCUCGGAGACGGGGUCUGCGGGGUGGGGGUGGAGAUUCAUCUGUGGGCCACUGCCAAGGUACACAUUGUCCACCAGGGGAGCUGAGUACAGCUCCCCAAGGCGCUGCCGGUGGCCCCUCUGAGGAUUUGGGGUCAGGCUGUGGCUUGGCUGUUGUUGCCUCCAAGUCACCUCACCCUGAAAAUUCCCUUCUCAGAUGCGCUCCUUCCACAGCGGCUUGUUCCUGGGGGUGAAGGUCUAGCCGAGGUAGCUCCACCCUGGCAGCCCUGUCCCCAGGGACCAGGACUUCCUGCCUGCCCCAGCGCCCUCCUCUGCCCCGCACCCUCCGUCCCCUUCCUAGGGCAGGGGCUUCAGACCCAUGGGACAUACGUGGUGGCUGGUGCUCAGGGCCCCCUUGGUCCCCCCAGCCGGACUCUCCAGUGCCUCACUAACCUGCCAUCUCGUUCAUGUGUUCAGAUGCUCUCCUCUAGUGCCUUGGGGUUUUCUCAAUCGUCAUUCCCAGAUAUUGUACUGAAAAUAUUAUGCAAACUGGUUAAGCUUUACUAAUCAAUAAAUGAUUUAAAGCCA